AUGGGUGAUAACUUAUUAAUUACAAACUUAUUCUCUAUAAAGGAUAAAACAGCAUUGAUUACGGGUGGUGCGACAGGAAUUGGCAAAAUGAUCGCGAAGGCAUUUGUUAAAAAUGGUGUUAAAGUUUAUAUCGCAUCAAGGAAUAAAAAAAAUCUUGAAGAAACUGCCGAAGAGUUAACAAAAAUGGGACCUGGAGUAUGUUACGGUAUCGAAGCGAAUUUAAAUUCUAAAGAAUCAUGUGAAAAACUUGCUGCAGAUUUUAAAAAAUUAGGAAAUGAAAAACUUGAUAUUCUUGUGAAUAAUGCUGGUGUGGUGGGCUAUGACGCUGCUAUUACAGACUUUCCUGAAGAAGCGUGGGAUGAAAUAUAUAAUCUACAUGUUAAAUGUGUUUUUUAUUUGACAAUUGCCUGCUUACCAUUGCUUGAAAGGGCUAGCGAUAAGCAAAUUGAUCCAUCAAGAGUGAUUAUAACUGGAAGCAUUCUUGGUAUUGGCAAUGGUGAACUCAAGUUUUUACAAAGCCGUGGAGGAUGUGGCUUGCCUUAUUCUUCUUCUAAACAUGCUGUACAUAGUGUUGCAAAAAAUUUGGCUGUUCAUCUUUCCUCACGAGGAGUAAAUGUUAAUGUUCUUGCACCUGGAGUUGUUCCUGUAAAGGAUGUAUUUUUUAAACAUAUGGAUUCCAUUCUCACUGAUAUUCCUCAAGGUAGAUAA